CAUCUCCAGCCGAGAGCAGGCAGCGGCACUGGCCACCGCUGGCUCUUUGUUCUGGACGGGCUUUGACAACACUUUAGUUAUAUUUACACUCUUCGUUUCUUCAUGGCAUCGCGAAAUUUCACUGAAAUGGACUCAGAGGGGACAGUGUGUAUAGAAAACUGCGGGCCCCAGCCAAAGCGCAGGAGACAUGACAGUGAGCAGUGCGGGGCAGGCACUGGGUUGGAGUACACAGACCUGGAGGCCGCAGAGGCCCUUGUGUGCAUGAGCUCAUGGGGCCAUGCACCCCUGCUGCGGAAACCACGACCCCUCACACCCGCGUCCGACUCCUGCGACUCCUUGCUGCCCCCAGAGAUGUCAGAGUCUCCCAAGGAUUUUGUAUCCCUCUCUUCCCUGUGCAUGACUCCUCCACACAGCCCAAGCUUUGUGGACUCUUCAACCUCAGGUUCUAGUCAGCGAUGUUCCACAGUUCUGGCCCAUAUCACAGAAAAGCCCCCAUCUGGGCUCCGGCCACCGCAGCCUUGCAAAGCCAUGGCCACCAGCGUCAUCAGACAUACUGCAGACAGCAGCCCCUACCACGUUCCUACAGCACCCAGCUCAGAGUCUCCUGUCAGUCCAGGCGUGUGGCAGAAUCAACAGCAAAAGACUGUGACCAUAAACAACCCCUGUGCUCCCUCCCCUACAGCACAAACUUCCUCAAAACCAUCUUUGGACAAUGUUACACAUAACACACCCUGUGCCCCUCCCACGUUGUCUCCUCCUCCCGUUUCCAGCCCCCAAAUCAUCUGCCAGAUGUUUCCCGUCAGUAACCAAUCAGGCAUCAUCUCAGCAUUCAUCCCCAGUGCAGUGCAGACUUCAUCUCCUCUGCGACCCUCCUCUGGCUGCUCCACAUCCACUGUGCACCAGCCUUCCUCUGGGAGCAGCUCUUCCCCUGUCCCGUCACUUCUGGUGGGCUCAUCAGUACCUCAGGGGACAGUAAUGCUGGUAUUGCCCCAGCCCAGUGUCCCACAAACCCCCCACUGCCCUCAGACUGUCAUGACCCUGGGCAACACCAAGCUGCUACCUCUGGCUCCGGCUCCUGUGUACGUCCCAGCAGGGCCUGGGGCCACCACCACAAAAAUGGACUUUUCUCGCAGAAGAAACUAUGUGUGCAACUUCCCUGGCUGCAGGAAAACAUACUUCAAGAGCUCUCACCUCAAGGCCCACCUCCGCACGCACACAGGAGAGAAGCCCUUCAGUUGUAGUUGGGAUGGCUGCGAUAAGAGGUUUGCUCGCUCUGAUGAACUGUCCCGUCACCGUAGGACUCACACCGGGGAGAAGAAGUUUGUGUGUCCUGUCUGUGAGCGCAAGUUCAUGCGCAGCGACCACCUCACCAAACAUGCCCGACGUCACAUGACCACCAAGAAGAUUCCCUCUUGGCAGGCUGAUGUCAGGAGCCUCAACAAGAUGGCUGUGGGUAAAACAGCCUCCAAACCAGGCCUGGCCACCCUCAGCAUGCUGGUACCUGCUGGCUCCAAAUAGACUAGAAAAAUGCCAUGCUACAGUUUCUGUUCUUCAGAAUCACAGGGAGCAGCCAAGCACAGACGGCUGCCACUAUUCUAUUCAUGGGAAUAUAUAAAAACAUGCACUGGAAAGACAUUCUUUACUGCUCAUUUGUACAUGGAUAUUUGUUUACUUUAUAAAACCUGAAAAUGAAUGCACAUUGCCAAAGCCUUUGUAUGAAGAGUAUCUUACACAUUUCACCCUCUACACUUGUGUCUAAUUUGUGUAUUAAAUGUAUAUGUGAAUGUAUAGUUUAUUAAACUAUAAAAAGCAUUUAUUUGUCACCUUUGGGAAAAUGUAACACCAACAGAAAAUUUAUAAUCUAUAUUAAUCAUUACUUUAAUUAAACCUUCAUGUCUAACUUUUCAUAUUUAAUACUUAAAUAUUUGUAAUAAAAAUGCUGAGGAAAGUGA